AUGAGGGCCAUGGCUCAGGCCCUGCCCUCUUUACUGCUGAGACUACUGCUCACGUCCACUCCAGGCACCCUGGGUACCAACCCCGGCCUGGUGGCCAGGAUCACCGACAAGGGCCUAGAGUAUGUAGCCAGGGAGGGGUCGGUGGUUCUGCAGAAGGAACUGCUCAGAAUCACGCUGCCUGACUUCACUGGGGACUUCAAAAUCAAGCCCUUUGGCCGAGGGCACUUUGAGUUCCACAGCCUGAGCAUCCACAGCUGUGAGCUGCGUGGUUCUGCUCUGACGCCCCUGCCCGGCCAGGGUCUGAGUCUCACCAUCUCUGACUCCUUCAUCAGAGUCCAGGGCGAGUGGAAGGUGCGCAAAGCAUUCGUGAAACUACACGGCUCCUUUGAUGUGCAGGUCAAGGGCAUUACCAUUUCGGUCAACCUUGUCUUGGGCAGGGAGCCCUCUGGGAGGCCCACCGUCACUGCCCCCGGCUGCAGCAGCCACAUUCAAGAUGUGGAGGUGGACAUAUCGGGAGAUUUGGGGUGGCUGUUGAAUCUCUUCCACAACCAGAUUGAGUCCAAGUUCCGCAGAGUAUUGGAGAGCAAGAUUUGCAAAAUGCUCCAGAAUUCGGUGACCUCAGACCUACAGCCUUAUCUCCAAACUCUGCCAGUCAAAACAGAGAUCGACAGUUUCGCUGGUAUUGAUUACAGUUUAAUGGAACCCCCUCGGGCAACAGCCCAAAUGCUGGAUGUGAUGUUUAAGGGUGAAAUUUUUAACCGUGAUCACUAUUCCCCAGUCAGCUUCCUUGCUCCUGUCAUGAGCCUUCCUGAGCAAUACAGCCGAAUGGUCUACUUUGCCAUCUCUGAUUAUGUCUUCAACACAGCCAGCAUGGUUUAUCAUGAGGCAGGAUUCCUGAAUUUCUCCAUCACAGAUGACAUGGUUCCCCCUGGCUCUAACAUCCGGCUGACCACCAAGUCCUUCCGCCCCUUCGUCCCCAGGUUAGCCAGACUAUACCCCAACAUGAACUUGGAGCUCCAGGGAGCAAUGGCCUCUGCCCCAUUCCUGAACUUCAGCCCUGGGAAUCUGUCCUUGACUCCCCUGAUGGAGAUUGAAGCCUUUGUGCUCCUGCCCAGCUCUGCCAAGGAGCCUGUCUUCCAGCUUGGUGUGGCUACUAAUAUGUCCGCCAUGUUGACCUUCAACACCAGCAAGAUCACUGGGUUCCUGAAACCAGGAAAGAUACAAGUGGAGCUGAAAGAGUCUAAAGUUGGAGUGUUCAAUGUGGAGCUGUUGGAGGCGCUACUCAACUACUACAUUCUCAACACCCUCUACCCCAAGGUCAACGAGAAGUUGGCAGAAGGCUUCCCCCUUCCUCUGCUCAAGGAUAUUCGGCUCUAUGACCCUGUUCUCGAGAUCCACAAGGACUUCCUGUUCCUGGGCACCAACCUCCAGUAUGUGAGAGCUUGA